GGAACGAGAUGAGCAGCGCCGGCGCCGCUGCAAGAUGCUGGAUGGACACGUCCUGCUGGGAUGGCUCUCCUCCUGCGCGCUCCUAGGGCUGCUCGCCUGCGCCCCGCGGCCCUCCGCUGCCUACUUCGGGCUGACGGGCAACGAACCCCUGACCAUCCUCCCUCUGACGUCAGAAAUGGAGGAGGCGGCCGCCAAGGCUCACUACAAGGUGUGUGACCGCCUGAAGCUGGAGAAGAAGCAGCGGCGGAUGUGCCGGCGCGACCCCGGCGUGGCCGAGACCCUGAUGGAGGCCAUCAGCAUGAGCGCCCUGGAGUGCCAGUACCAGUUCCGCUUCGAGCGCUGGAACUGCACCCUGGAGGGUCGCUACCGUGCCAGCCUCCUCAAGAGAGGUUUUAAGGAGACAGCCUUCCUGUACGCCAUCUCCUCGGCGGGGCUGACCCACGCCAUGGCCAAGGCGUGCAGCGCGGGGCGCAUGGAGCGCUGCACCUGCGACGAGGCUCCCGACCUGGAGAACAGGGAGGCGUGGCAGUGGGGAGGCUGCGGGGACAACCUCAAGUACAGCAACAAAUUCGUCAAGGAGUUCCUGGGGAGGAAGCCCAACAAGGACCUGCGAGCCAGGGUGGACUUCCACAACAACCUGGUGGGCAUGAAGGUCAUCAAAGCCGGCGUGGAGACCACCUGCAAAUGCCACGGCGUGUCGGGUUCCUGCACCGUCCGAACGUGCUGGAGGCAGCUCUCCCCUUUCCACGAGAUCGGGAAGCAGCUGAAGCAGAAGUACGAGACCUCUCUCAAGGUGGGCAGCACCACCAACGAGGCCACGGGGGAAGGCGACAUUUCCCCGCCUAAAAAAUCCAUCCCCGGCCACAGCGAUCAAAUCCCAAGGACUACGGAUCUCGUCUACAUUGACGACUCGCCGAGCUUCUGCCUGAUGAGCCGGUAUUCCCCCGGGACGUCGGGACGCAAGUGUUACAAGGACAAGAACUGCGACAGCAUCUGCUGCGGCCGGGGCCACAACACGCAGAGCCGGGUGGUGACGCGCCCGUGCCAGUGCCAGGUGCGUUGGUGCUGCUACGUGGAGUGCAAGCAGUGCACCCAGAGAGAGGAGGUUUACACCUGCAAGGACUGACACAACCCGCGGCUUCUGCCGCACGGCCACCCCCGGGGAUGGGCCAGCUUGGAGAACUGCCUAUGGAGACAAACAGGGUUUGAUUGACCUUCUGGGAUCUGGAAGCUAUGUUGAGACAUAAGCACUUUGUAGGGUACAGGUGACCCAGCUGUGUUGCUGUUUUGUUUUGGGGUUUUCUUGUUUUGUUUUUUUUUUUUUUUUUUUUUUUUUGUUUUUUUUCCUGUAGACUGAAUUUUCAUGAGGUCCAACCAUGUGGAAAUAAGUGCCUGUCACACUGGGGUUAGACACCAGUUGACCUUCACCUUCGUCCUCUACGCAGUUUGACGGAUCAUUUCUCCUUGGAACAUUGUUUCAGCCAUCCUCCAUGAACUCCCGGGCUAAGAUAUUCCCUUUGGCAUAGAUAUCCUGUACUUCUUUAUUCCUGGAGCUCACCCAGCUGCCUAGAGAGCUGAGCAGAUACAAAAGAUCUUUCCUCUUUGAGUGCGGUGGUGCUGGAAGCGGACGUUCAUUUCUCCUAAAACUGGAGAAGGAUUUGUAGGGGAAUGAUGGGUUCUUCCAGUGGAGUUCCUGCACAUGGAGCAAACCAGGCUCUGACAAAGGGACCCACUGGCAGCAUCAGCUCUUUAACGACAGCUCCGUGUCCACCGAGUGCGUUGUCAUCACACGCAGCUCAAAAACGUUGGGUCCACCACGCUGCAGACAGAAACAGAUCCAAGAUAGAGGUUGGGAAGACAGCAGAACACCAGACGUGCCUGUCCCCUUCAGUCCAAUCCCACAUUCUUUAUUUAAAACCAUUCGCCCAAAUGCAGGUUCUUUAGCACUAUCGCUGUCUUAAAUUGUUUUUUUUUUUUUAAUUUUUUUUUUAAACCACUAGAUACUUUUGUUUCACUUUCACUUCGCGCAUGAUUUAUUUUUCUCUCCUCUUCCCGCCUCUUGCCUGAUGGAGGUCAACCUGUGGUAACUGCUUCAGAAAUCCCAACUGGAACUUGUUGAGUCUUAUGCCAGCUGAGUUUGGGCGUGUUUCUCUUGAGUAGGACAAGAGGAAUCCGAGUGCAUCUUGGAACCCGGGGCUGUCUUGCGUUGUGGAGCGGCUGUUUUGGCCUGGAUCAGACCUCUGGAGGAGUUGACUUUUCUUUCCUAGGUCAUCAUUCCAUUUACUCUAAACCAUGGCAGUGGUACAUGACACAAGCUGUAUGUAAACCCUAUGACCUUAAGAUGAAUUUUUUUUAUUUUUAUUUUUUUUUUUUAACCACUAGAUCCAGAACUGUAUUUUAAAAAACACACCUGCUAAAUCCUAACAAACUCAUGGAUUUGGAAUAACCAAUCGACACGGAGACAACCUGAGAGAAGCCAGAAAUUUGACUGCAGGGGUUGACCACUCCAACACUGAAACACACGACAACCUCCAGCAUUUAUUUUUCACCUGGAAGAGAAGAUUUACAAUCCAGGACUUGGUGUGCCAAUAUUCUUCAUAUAAAAGUGGCUUGGAGGCAGCCAGCGAAUGCCUGAAUGAAGCUUUCUAAGGAAAAAAUGGGGAGCAGAGGGUGUUCUGUUUGAUUUUUGGUAGCAAUUUUUGAUUGUCCAGUAGUAGCAAUUUCCACCAAAUUUCUGUUAGCCAUUGAUCUGGUGUUCAAAAGAGGAGAUUCUCAAGCAUUAGUAAAAAUUAGUAGAACAAAACGACAGCAGUUUCCCAAGACGGACCAUUAUUUUUCAAAGUCUUUUUUUCCUUAUUUUUAUUUAAUUUUUAACUCCCCCCUCCCCCUCCAAAUUGUAGCCACUAAUAUUUAAGCUGUGCAUAUGCAUCUACUGGGAAAAAGAUCAGUUUGGGGUUUUCUUGGUAACAAAUACCUGCAGUCCAGCCUGGCUCGUUGGCAUCAAAUCUUGAGGAGGGGACACGGGGAGGGACAGGGUGUUACUCUUUAAUAGCACCGUGGUUCUGCAAAGUGAAGUAGCAAAAUGUCUCUUUUUUGUUGUUGUUGUUGUUUCCUUAUUUGCUGUACAAUUCUGGAGGCUGGGAUAAUUCUGGAGGAGUGAAGGUGGAAUCCACAUGUGGAAUUCCCACCUUCCACCCCGGCAAGGCACCGGGAAGGUCUCGCAGUUUUUUGGGAAAGUCACCC